CGAAAAUGAAGAGUUUCGUGGACAGUUGCCACCUGUUGGCCAAGCAGAAAGCACGGAUAAUCGGAUAGGGUUACGGAUUGGAAAUGGUGCUGCUGGACGAGUUCUGUGUGAAGGUGUACUUCUGGCCUUUUCUGUCCUACUUAGCCAGCAUCAAGGGCUGGUGUCCGCUGUUUCCGCCAGGUUACUAUCCCAUCUACGCCCUGCCGCCGCCGCAGGGACCGCAAUUUCCGCCGCAGCCGCAGCCUCUCCAGCCGAUUGGUCCACUAAUACCGCCCCAACCCGCUUUUCCGUCCACACCUGCAGUGAUCCCAACGUUUCAGCCCACGCCUCCGUAUCCCCAGACGCCGAUAACGCCACCACUAAUCACGACUACUACCAGUACAACGAGUACCACAACUUCUACGACGGGAGGGACCACAACUAGUACUGCUGGCACUACUCUGCCCGUUCCUGUGCCCACUUGUCCAUCUCAACCGCUGGUUUGCCUGCCUGGUGGAUCGCGUCCCUUGCCAAAUUGUCCCUGCAUCGAUCCUCGUCAGCAGCAGAACUCCCCGUUGCUCUCAUCGACAGGACCUCAGAUCGGUUCGGAUAUGAUGGUUUUCAUGCCGCUGAAUUCCGGACGUAGGCGGCGUCGUCGCCGGAGACCCCAGUCCUGCCAAGAUGCCCGAUCCCGGCCUGGAAGCUGCCUGCCCCUGACCUCCUGUCCCCAGCUCAUGGAGGAGUAUCAGGGUCAGGGCAACGAAUUCCACAACUUUCUGGGCCAGUCCAUAUGUGGCUUCGAUGGCUCCAAUUUCAUGGUUUGCUGUGCCGCGGAUAGAAGUGGCAGUGCCAGGAGUAGGAAGGAUCUGCUGCCAACCACUGCAGCUCCAUUUGGCUUUUUUCAUUUCUCGCCGUUGAGUGGAGGAGGCACUGCUUCUCCGAUGGUAUUCCAGCCCACUCCUCCGCUGAAUCAGGUGGUGAGCCCCAGUUUUAACCCACAACUACCUCCACCUCCGCCACCACCAAUUGCUCCUCGCGCGGCUAUUGCUUGUGGGUUAAGUGGUGCCACCUCCAACCGAGUGGUAGGUGGAGCUGAAGCUAGGAGAGGAGCCUAUCCCUGGGUAGCUGCCCUUGGAUACUUCGAUGAGAGCAAUCGAAAUGCUCUUAAGUUCCUUUGUGGUGGCAGCUUAAUACAUUCUCACUACGUGGUCACCUCGGCACACUGCAUCAAUCCGAUGCUGACUUUGGUUCGAUUGGGAGCCCAUGAUCUCUCCAAGCCAGCUGAACCGGAAGCAAUGGACUUUCGUAUCCGUAGAACUGUGGUCCACGAGCAUUUUGAUCUCAACUCUAUAUCGAAUGAUAUAGCCCUGAUUGAGCUGAAUGGAGUAGGUACAUUGCCGGGCAAUAUAGCCCCCAUUUGCCUUCCUGAGGCCGCAAAGUUCAUGCAACAGGAUUUCGUAGGCAUGAAUCCCUUUGUGGCUGGCUGGGGGGCAGUGAAGCACCAGGGUGCCACAUCACAGGUGCUACGAGAUGCCCAGGUGCCGAUCGUGUCCCGACAGAGCUGUGAGCAGAGUUACAAGUCCGUUUUCCAGUUCGUCCAGUUUAGUGACAAGGUGCUGUGUGCCGGCAGCUCGAAUGUGGAUGCCUGUCAAGGGGAUUCCGGUGGACCACUCAUGAUGCCCCAGCUGGAGGUCAAUGUUUAUAGGUUCUACCUACUUGGCCUGGUUUCCUUUGGCUAUGAGUGUGCUCGCCCCAAUUUUCCUGGUGUCUAUACGAGAGUCGCCUCCUACGUUCCUUGGAUCAAGAAACAUCUAACAUCGUCUUAGAAUGUGACACAUCCUAAGUCGGAUAUCUAACUCGGAUGUGUCAUCACAAUUGAGAGCACUUUACAAAUACUUGCCUUUAAUUCCUAAAUCCCAAAUACACAUACCCACCGGAAUUUCCUCAAUAAAUUUCAUGUUUUUAUGUUCUUGUUUGAUUUAAGAUUCGGUUAAUUUUGUAUAUCAUUUGCAUCGAUUUAAGAUGAUUCUCCGUGA